AUUUGACAAAUUCCAACAAGUCACCACAUUGAGCCACCAACGUAAACGUAUUUUGAGGUUAUAUAACUAAAAAUAAUUAGGACUAAAGCAAGCAAAAUUUUGAUUCGAUGGUAUUUAAUGUAUUAAAGAGAACGAUGUCUCAAAGUGUUGUUAUACGAUUGAUGAACAAUGCUGAAGUAGCUGAGAAAAAAAUAUUAGAAUUAAAGAAUAAGUUAGAAGAAGUAAAGAAAAUAAAAAUUGAAAAUAAAAUUAAGGAACUUACAAAAGAAAAUGCUGAUCUGGAGGCCAAGGUAGAAAAGGUCAAGAAUGAACUUAUAAGACUUGAAAUAUUGAAUGGUAAAAAGCAAUAUCCAAUUCCUGGCAAAACAUCUAUAGCUGCUGCAGAUCAAUCGGCAACAAAAAGAGAAGUAAUUGAAGAAACAACGUCUCAGCAUAUCAAACAGACAAUUCAGCAACCAAAAAAAGAGCCAGCUAAGAAAAACAAGGAGAAAUCAAAUGAUGCUCCUACUGAUGUGGUGGAUGUGAGAAAAUUAGACUUUAGGAUUGGAAAAAUUAUAGAAGUUAAUAAACACCCAGAUGCAGAUUCUCUUUAUGUUGAGAAGAUUGACUGUGGAGAAGAGAAGCCACGCACCGUUGUAUCAGGUCUUGUGAAUCAUGUACCCAUUGAUGAGAUGCAAAAUAGAAUUGUCAUGGUGCUAUGUAAUUUAAAACCAGCUAAGAUGAGGGGCAUUACUUCUGAGGCCAUGGUUAUGUGUGCAUCUUCACCUGAAAAAGUUGAAAUACUAUUGCCGCCUACAAGUGCUGUUCCUGGUGAUCUAGUAUCCUGUGAAGGAUUCCCACGAGAGCCUGAGGCCCAAUUGAACCCUAAAAAGAAGAUAUUUGAAACAUGUGCUCCAGACCUAAAGACUAAUGAUGAGAAAAUAGCCUGUUAUAAAGGCAAUCCACUUGUAAUUCCUGGAAAGGGUGCAGUUGUUGCACCUACAUUGAAAGGUGUGAGUGUGAAAUAAAUGUUAUUGAAAUUAA